GGGGUGGGGGCAAACAGUAAUGGCUGCCAUGUUUACGUGUUGUCUAAACUGCUGCGGGGAUGGAGGAUCGGGGCAUAUUCAACUUAAAGAGAUGCCCACGGUUCAGUUGGAUACUCAUCACAUGGGCACAGACGUUGUCAUCGUGAAAAGUGGACGAAGGAUAUGUGGCACUGGAGCGUGUCUUGCCAACGCUCCCUUGCACCAGAACAAAAGUUUUUUUGAGUUUAAGAUUCAGUCCACUGGUGUGUGGGGAAUUGGUGUGGCCACGCAGAAGGCCAACCUUAACCAAGUGCCUUUGGGCAGAGACUCCAACAGCCUUGUCUUGAGGCACGACGGCUCUGUCUUCUACAACAACGAAGAGAAGAACCGCCUGCCUGCGAACAAUCUCCCCCAGGAGGGUGACAUUGUGGGGAUCACGUAUGACCACGUGGAGAUGAACUUGUACCUGAAUGGAAAGAACAUGCAUUGUCCCGCGUCAGGGAUCCGAGGCACCGUAUACCCUGUUGUUUAUGUGGAUGACAGCGCCAUCUUAGACUGCCAGUUCAGUGACUUCUACCACACACCUCCGCACGGAUUCGAGAAGAUCCUCUUUGAACAACAAAUCUUCUAAACAAAAGGCCUUUAUUCCUCGUCCCCCUUGCAAAUGUAUCACAUAUGAUGUUUGACUGUGAUUGGCUGUGUGGCUCUGAUGAUAUACCUCGCAAUCGCUCCGGAUUGACCUGACAGGAUUAGCCUUGAAGGAGUGUAUGUUGAUUCAUGAUUAUUGUCCUUCUUAAUGAGUCAGAGGUGAUCAAUAGUUCGGGAUGGGCGUCUAUACUUUUCCUUGUUGAGGGAAAAUCAGUUAAUCGAUGGAAGUAUUACAAAUGAUAUUGAGCGGAAUAAUGCUGCCCUCUGCGUGGAUUGAUCUCAACUUCCCAUAGCUGACGUCAUGUUCCUUGUCUUCAGGCAGCAAACUCGCCUGGGCAGACUCUUUAGCGCCUCUGCUAGGUAGUGCACUCCUUUUAGACUCCAUUUCUGAAAUUAACAACGAAUUCCACACAAUAGACAAAAGUUUAAGAGAGCAAUUCAUCGACUAAUUAAUUAUUCUGCCCAUCCCCACUUUGAGUAAUGUCUGCUCUCUUGUGUUUACUUCUUCUCUGCAAGAAGUAACAAUUCACACACACUAAAAAAUCCACUUCACUUUUAUGUUUGUCUCAGACAUAUCAAUUUAAACUUGGAAGGUGGGAAUGGGGAUUACGUUCCUAUGUUGUUGUUUUUUGUCACUUUAUGGUUUGAACUGACACAAACAAUCUUAAACAGCUGGUACACGUCCCACGUAUUCAUCGUUUCUACCAACAUAUCCCUCUUCCCCGCUCCUCAAUAUGUAUAUGGUCUUCAGAUAUUUUGCGCGUAUUUAUUCUUCAAUAUUGUCAGAAGUGGUGCAGCUUGUGCAGAAGCAGAUGUUGUAUGGCUGAGUUAAGAAAAUGACAUAAUACGGUAGCAGCAGGUGUUGCUGCUCAAGUGUGACAUUUCCAACUCCACGUCUUUGUUUGCACUAACUCGUCUGAUUGUACAAGCAAAUCCAAAUACUGUUGAUAAAUUAAAGAUGUGUGUCUGCAGGA